AGACGCUAAGCCCUGAGCAGUACAUGGCACCACCUUCCCCUCCCUCAUUUUCUCUCUUGAACAUCGCACAGCAACCAAGCAAGAGAAGUCUACGGCGCUUUAUGCAGCGGGAGUGACCGCUGCAUCACUCUCAUUUGACAUGUACUCGACAAGCGUUCAACUUUAGUGACCUCGUCUCUGAUAGACAUUGCUCGGCGAUGGGUCCAUUUUCGACGUUAAAGGAUGCUGAACCUGAAGGAUCCGGACCACAGGAGUUCGCCUAUGCUCUCCGAUGCGUUCAGUUGCUCGCAGGCCAUGGAUCUCAGCCGAUCAGUUGCAAAUUGAAGCCAUCUACAUUGGGACGAAUUCCGUACCAGUAUGAGGCGUUGUCAUACGCAUGGGGCGACACAACGAAAAGAGUCGAAAUUCUUCUAGAAGGACAGCCAUUCAAGAUCACUCAAAAUCUCGAAACGGCUUUACAUCGUCUCCGGUCGGCAAAAGAAGAUCGCUUAUUGUGGAUUGAUGCAGUAUGCAUCAAUCAACAGGAUCGCUCCGAAGUCAAUCUGCAGGUCAAGAGGAUGUGGGCAGUGUACAGAUACGCUUCGAAGGUCAUUGUUUUCCUAGGCGAGGGGACGGCUAAUACUCACCACGCUAUCGACCUGAUACAGACCUUGGCAAAAGAAAAGAAAGGUCUUAGCCAUCGAUAUGUCACGUCGCUAUUAUUCACCAAGGAUGCUCAACCUACGAAGCAGGCUCUACGAACGUUAAUGAGCAGCCCAUGGUGGAGCAGAACCUGGGUUAUCCAAGAGUUUUCAGUUGCGACAGAAGUUGCCUUCGUCUGUGGUAACCUGGAGUGGUCCGGCGAAUCCUUUUCUGAAGCACUGCGGACUCUGGUAGACGUCAGGUUCAACGCCUCUCUACCGCGUGGACAGGAACUAAAGGUGGUCCCAUGUGAGGUAGAUAAGAGAGACCCCUAAUUUAGAAACAACACAACAAAAGAAGAAGAUGACGAUGAAAAGCGCGCUUCGAGGAAUUAGCGAGGUUUCCUAGUUCGCUAUUGGCAUACCAGAAAUUAUCACAUGGUCCCUUACCUCUUCCGAAGAAGGC